CUGGGAUGCCCGAAGAAUAGCGCUCUUCGGUGGCAUGGAGCGGAGCUGAAGGGUCUCCACACCAGCGCUUGCCGUGUGAGUAGCAAGAGAUUCAGCUCACAGAACCAAACCUGCUGCGAUCCAUGUGACACUGGUUUACUCCAGUAUGGCCCACUGGAAACACGAGUUCGAGUGACUCAGGGAGAUUCAGGAGGAGGAACACAGCCCACCCACCCUACACACCCUUUGCAGUCCGAAGGCAAAGGAUGCUUUGCAGGGCAGCUUGGUUUAGGAGAGACCUGCGGUAGAAGAGGGCGUGGCGGGCACACCCCUCGGCCUCCCUUAGCUACCUGUGCACACACGACUCAGCUCAUCAUGGACUCCGAGUACGUCCUAUGCUCUUGGAAAGGCCGCCUAUGGCCAGCAAAGGUUUUGUGUACACGUGCGACUUCACCAAAAACGAUGCGUCAAGUGGCACCUUCCCUAGAAGUUCAAAUCCUUGCAGUAGAUGAAAAGAUCAAGGUGAGCAGCACAGACGUGAGGACCCCAACUAAGUCUGAAAUGGAAGACAUUGCCGCCUCUGCAGCGGCACAGAGGAUGGUCGGUGCCCCACCCGGAGAGAAGUUGGGGUACAGAGGAACCCUUCAGGUGGCCCUGGAGAUGCUGAACGAGAGAACAAAUCUGCGUGGAGGAAGAAAACCACAUGAACAAGAGAGCACCACGCCCUCUCAGCCUUCUCAAAAGGUGCCGGAAAAGCCCGCCAGUUCCCUCCCUCGUGAAGACGACUGGAGACGCACACUCGACUUCAGGAAGAGCCUUGAGAAGAGGGAAAACCCAAGAUCACCGACGGUCCCUUCAGAGAGUGCCUUGCACAGUGACAGCUCACCAGGGUGCACGGCCAUUACUCCUUCUCCAGGCGUCCUGCAUGGUGACAGGUCACCACCUCACACAGCCAUUGCUCCUUCUCCAGGCACCCUGCAUGGUGACAGGUCACCAGCACGCACGCCCACUGCUCUGACUCCAGGCGCCCUGUGCGGUGACAGCUCAGGAGAACUCACAGCGACUGCUCCUACUCCAGGCGCCCUGUGCGGUGACAGCUCAGGAGAACUCACAGCGACUGCUCCUACUCCAGGCGCCCUGUGCGGUGACAGCUCAGGAGAACUCACAGCGACUGCUCCUACUCCAGGCGCCCUGUGCGGUGACAGCUCAGGAGAACUCACAGCGACUGCUCCUACUCCAGGCGCCCUGCAUGGCGACGGCUCUCAGGCCCACACGGCCAUUGCUCCUACUCCAGGCACUAAGUGCAGUGACAGCUCAACGACGUGCACGGCCACUACUCCUUCUCCAGGUGCCCUGCACGGUGACAGGUCACCAACGCACGUGGCCAUUGCUUCUAAUCCAGGCGCCCUGCACAGUGAUGGCUCUCAGGCGCGCACGGCCAUUGCGCCUACUCUGGGCGCCCCGGGCAGUGACAGCUCAACUGCAGGAACGGCCAUUUCCCCUCCUCCAGGGGCCUUGAGAGGCGGCAUGUCUGACAGGUCAGAGAAACGCAAGGAUGUUGCUCCUCCUCCUGGCACCCUGCGCGUUGACAAGUCACCAGCACGCAGGGCCAUUGCUCCUACUCCAGGCGCCCUGGGCGGUGACAGUUCACCAGCGCCCACGGGCAUUGCUCCUACUCCAGGCGCCCUGGGCGGUGACAGGUCACUAGUGCACAUGGCCGUUGCUUCUACUCAAGGCGCCCUGCAGGGUGGCAGCUCUCAGACGCACACAAACAUUGCUCCUACUCCAGGCGCUAGGCACAGUGACAGCUCGACACCGCGCAUGGCCGUUGCCCCUUCUCCAGGGGCCCUGCGUGGCGACAGGUCACGAAAACACAAGGCCAUCACUCCUACUCCAGGCACCCCUCGCGUUGACAGUUCAGCAGCACGCAAGGCCAUUGCUCCUACUCUAGGGGCCCUGGGCAGUGACGGCUCACCGGCGCGCAUGGCCAUUGCCUCUACUCCAGGUACCCUGCGAGGUGACAGGACUGACAGGUCACGGAAACACAAGGCCAUUGCUCUUACUCCAGGCACCCUGGGCAGUGACAGCUCACCAGCGCCCACGGGCAUUGCUCCUUCUCCAGGUGCCCUGCAUGAUGACAGGUCACCAGGGCACGUGGCUAUUGCUUCUACUCCAGGAGCCCUGCAGAGCGACGGCUUUCAGGUGUGCACAACCAUUGCUCCUACUCCAGGCGCUAUGCACGGUGACAGCUCAACGGCGUGCACGGCCACUGCCCCUACUCCAGAUGCCCUGCCCAGUGACAGGUCCGACAGGUCAGGGAAACGCAAGGCCACUGCUCCUACUCCAGGCCCCCUGCGCACUGACAGCUCACCAGUGCCCACGGGCAUUGCUCCUUCUCCAGGCACCCUGCAUGGUGACAGGUCACCAGCACACAAGGCCAUUGCUUCUACUCCAGGCGCCCUGCACAGUGACAACACUGACAGGUCACGGAAACGCAAGGCCAUUGCUCUUACUCCUGGCACCCUGCGCGUUGACGGGUCUCCAGCCUGCAGGGCCAUUGCUCCUACCCCAGGCGCCCUGGGCAGUGACAGCUCACCAGCGCACAUGAACAUUGCUCGUGCUCCAGGCGCCCUGCAUGGUGACAGCUCACCAGCACACACGGCCAUUGCUUCUACUCCAGGAGCCCCGCACAGUGACGGCUCUCAGGCACACACGGCCGUUGCUCCUACUCCAGGAACUAUGCGCAGUGACAGCGCAAUGGUGCGCAUGGCCAUUGACCCAACUCGAGGGACCCUGCGAGGUGACAGGUCUGACAGGUCACAGAAACCCAAGGCCGUUGCUCCUACUCCUGGCACCUUACGCGGUGACAGGACUGACAGGUCGCGGAAACGCAAGUCCAUUGCUCUUACUCCGGGCACCCUGCGCGUUGACAGGUCUCCAGCACGCAGGGACAUUGCUCCCACUCCAGGCACCCUGGGCAGUGACAGGUCACCAGCGCACACGAACACUACUCCUACUCCAGGCCCCCUGGGCGGUGACAGGUCACUAGCGCACAUGGCCAUUGCUUCUACUCCAGGAGCCCUGCAGGGUGAUGGCUCUCAGGUGCACACGGCCAUUGCUCCUACUCCAGGUGCUAUUCGCAGUGACAGCUCAACAAUGUGCAUGGCCAUUGCCCCUACUCCGGGGGCCCUGCACGGAGACAGGUCACGGAAACACAAGGCCAUUGCUCCCACUCCAGGCGCCCCACGUACUGACAGGUCACAGAUACAUACGGCCAUUGCUCCUACUCCAGGCGCCCAGCGCGUUGACAGGUCAACAGCAUGCAAGGCCAUUGCUCCUAUUCCAGGUGCCCUGGGAGGUGAUGGCUCACCAGCGCGCACAGCCAUGGCCCCUACUCCACAUGCCCUGCGAGGUGACAGGUCACGGAAACGCAAGGCCAUUGCUCCUACUCCUGGCACCCUGUGUGGUGACAGCUCACCAGCUGGCAGGGCCAUUGCUCCUACUCCGGGCACCCUGGGCGGUGAUGGCUCACCAGCGCACACGGCCAUUGCUCCCACUCCAGGCGAUAUGCGUGGCCACAGCUCACCAUCGUGCAUGGCCAUAGGCCCUAUAUCAGGGACCCUGCGCGGUGACAGGUCACAGAAACGCAAGGCCUUUGCUCCUACUCCAGGUGCCCUGCACAGUGACAGGCCACAGACACAUAUGGCCAUUGCUCCUAUUCCAGGAGUCCUGUGCAGUGACAGCUCACCAGCGCACAUGGCCAUUGAUCCUACUCCAGGUGCUAUGGACAGUGACAGCUCAACAGCACGCACGGCCAUUGUCCCUACUCCAGGGGCCCUGCGAGGUGACAGGUCACGGAAACGAAAGGCCAUUGCUCCUACUCCAGGCACCCCGCAGGGUGACAGGUCAGAAAUGCAUAUGGCCAUUUCUCCUACUGCAGGCACCCAGCAUAGUGACAGGUCACCAGCGCACAGAGCCUUUGCUCCUACUCCAGGUGCCCUGCACUGUGACAGCUCAGGAGAAGGCAUGGCCAUUGGUCCUACACGGUGCACUGCAGGCACCCUGCACGGGGAGGGCUCUCAGGCACACAAGGACAUUGCUCCUACUCCAGGCGCCCUGCGUGGUGAAAGGUCACAGACACGCAUGGCCAUUGCUCCUACUCCAGGUGGAAUGCAAGCACAGGCGUUGCAAAGCUGCCGUGCCGGCCAGGAUUCCCUGACACAUUCGUGGCGUGGUUGUGAGAUAAAAGGCAAGAAAAGAGCCAAGGCCUCAACUCUUACGUCGCUGCCUCCCACAGUAAAGGGGAAGGGUGCAUCUCGGCCCCCAGGCCUCACCAGCCCUGUGCCCCCCGCUCUGAAGGAAGACACACUGGACAGCCGCCCGAAGAAGAAGACCCUGGCUGCUUCCCCUGAAUGCUCUCCCUUCUCAGGGGACAUUCAGGACCCUGGAGAGGGUGCCUGGAAGCCAGGCUGGGCAGGUCUGGCCCCAUCCUCUGGGUCCCCUCAGCACAGGCUGCCUUCUUCACCGCGGAUUGCCGAGAGAAAAAGGAAGCUUCCGGGUCCAGAUUUUCAGAGGAGACCUCGAAGACCUCAGCCCCCUGGUGACGCUAAGGCUGCCAAUCCCGUGACCGCCAUUCAGAGGGCGGGCAGAAAACAGGAUGGGCGGCCCGCCGGCCUUGCUCUUCGACGGGAGCCACGUCCCAUUGAAAGGGGAACACUGGUCUGGUUCAAAUUUCAAGACCAUCCAUUUUGGCCAGCAGUGGUCAAGAGUGUCAGCAACACAGACAAGACCGCGAGGGUGCUCUUGCUGGACGACAACCUGCACCAUGGAAAUCGUGGCAUUCAAGUUCCUCUUCAAAGGCUGAAGCACCUGGAUUGUAAGGAGCAAGAGAAACUGCUGAAGAGGGCCCAGAAGGCAUACAAGCAAAGCGUGGACUGGUGCUUCUCACUGAUUUCCCACUACAGAGAAGGGCUGGUCCGGGGUUCUUUCCGGGGCUCCUUCCUGGACUAUUACGCUGCAGAUGUCAGCUACCCCGUCAGGAGAGCCGUACAAGAGGGAGACCUGCAGAUCGACUUCCCAAAGGUCAAUUAUGCCGACCUGGAAGACUGGGAGGAGGAGACCUCCCUGGGCGGGAAGAGGCCUUGCAAGAAAAUCCUCCCGGACCGGAUGAGGGCCGCUCGGGACCGAGACAACCGGAAGCUGGUGGACUUCAUCGUGAGGGAAAAGGGGGCCGACCCCCACCUCCUGGACAUCUUGCAAGGCAGGAAGCAGUCCAGGUGGCUGACCAUGUUUCUGACCCCACACAGGGACUUGCUCUGCUUUGAAACAUACCUGGAAGAUGACGACCAGUUGGAAGUCGUGACCAAGCAUUUACAAGAAAUCUACAACAAGCAAAUGGACAAGACCAUGCUGACUCGGAUAAGGGACGACAAAGUCAAUUUUGUUCUGGAAGUUCUUCUGCCGGAGGCCAUCAUUUGUGCCAUCGCCGCAACUGAUGGGCUGGAUUACAAGGCAGCAGAGGAGAAGUACCUUCGAGGGCCACCUGUGCAUUACCGUGAGAAAGAGCUGUUUGACAGAAAUGUCUUAAAGAAGAGGAGAAGGAAACCAGCAACAACCCGUGAAGCUAAUUAGCUCCCCUCCUGCACCCAGACCUUAGCAGGGAGCCACCUCCUUUCCAGAAUCUAUCAGAAAGUCCCUGUGUGUAAAAUGAACCAUCCCUUCCCCGACGAGCGUUAAGUAAGUUCUGGAUAUUCGAGACUUUGGGAACAUGCAGAACUCAUUUGGGGCCCACCCCUAGCGUUUGGUGGUGGCACAUUCAUCACCAUGGCUUCCUCGCAAACUCGUGAAGAGCUCUUUUGUGAAACAAUUGCAAACGCUGGCAUUUCCCUCAACAUCUUUGGAAGCGUAGUUGUCCCAGUAGGUUUGAAGGACAAGACCAUUGGUUUUCAUAACAUUUCCUUUGACUGGACUUGCUACUUUCAUUUAGGUCCUAUGUUCUUUCACACAAAAAGCCGCCCUGGCUUUAGCAACCGCCUAACCCUCGCUAACUGGGGAGCAAUCCCCUUGUUCCUGGAGACUCCGCAAAGACCUCGUCUAGGCGAGCUACCGUAAAAGAUGUUGCCUUCAAGCCCGUAAUUCCAGCACACCGAGAGGCCGAAGCAGGAGCAUCACUUGAGCCCAGGAGGUGGGGGCCAAUCUGGGCAACAUAGCGAGUCUCUGUCUCUACAAUAAUAAACAUUUAAAACCUACCUGGG